ACUCGUUGAGCAAUCCUUCAUUUCAAGAUUUCAUAAUCCAAUCCAAUUGAAUUGAAAUUGAACCUCAACUCAACAACAAAGGGAUAAGAGAGAGAAAGAGAGAGAGAUAUGGCAGCAGUUUCAUGCUCAUUGCUGAACCUUCCAUCCAAAAUCAGGAACCUUACCUUAUCUUCAUCUUCUUCCACUUCAAAUUCCGCUUCUCUAAGUUUCUCCCAAAACAUUUCCCACACUGUUUUUUCACAAGGUAGGUUGUCGUCGUUGAGUACGGUGCAGAGGCAGAGGCGUGGCGUUGUAGUUUGUGAGGCGGCUCCGAAGAAGGUUGAUUCGGCAGAAAAGAGAGCUCGACAGGCCGAGAGACGUCGCCUUUACAACAAAGCUCGUAAAUCAGAGAUAAGAACCCGUACAAAGAAGGUUUUGGAAGCACUGGAAUUGCUCAAAAAGAAAUCUGAUGCACAAUCGGAAGAAAUCCUCACAAUUGAGAAGAUGAUUGGAGAGGCAUACUCUAUAAUUGACAAAGCAGUGAAAGUUGGAACAUUGCAUAGAAACACCGGAGCAAAUCGCAAGUCUCGGCUUGCCAGAAGAAAGAAGGCAGUGGAAAUCCAUCAUGGCUGGUAUGCCCCUGUUCCUCAAGCCGGUGCCUGAAAUAGUCGUUAAUUCCUUUAUAUGUACCAAAGUGAGUACUUAACGCAUAUUUUUCUCACGGCUCAAAUCUUGUAUUUUAGUUUUCUUUGACUUCAGCUCAAAGUGGUUUAGUGUACUAUCAUCAUGUAGAGAGACUCUCAUUUGAUGUUAACAGCAUCUUCGUAAUUAGCCAUUGUUGUAUUCUUUA